AUGAACGAAUUGACAUCAGUGGAGCUAGAUUGUAUUAACAAAAAUAAAAAAGAAAAAAAUGAAAAUGUAGGAAUAAUGAGUAAAAAUAAAAAACAUAUGAAUAAAAAAAAUGAAAAUGAAAAUGAAAAUAAUGUAAUAAAUUCUCAAAAUAAUAAUAUGAAAAGUGUAUUUGAGCCACUUCAGUUGAAUGAAUUUUUUUCAGGUAAUAAAAAAGAUUCUUCCAUUAACAAAAACUCUUUAAAAAAUAAUGUGAAUUUGUUAAAAGGCAAUAACAAUUCUAUUAAUUAUAAAGAUAUUUAUAAUAUAAAAGAAAACGGUGAUAUAAAUAAUAAAAAGGAAGAAAAUUAUAAUAUAAAAAAGGAAAUAUACAAUGAAUCCUUGAAUAAAGAUUAUUUUAAGAAAGAUUCAAUAAAUGAUAUAAAUUGCAACACAUUUGAUAAUUCAUCAUGCAUAGAUAUUGAUGAAGAAACAAAAUUUUUAGAAGAUUGGGAAGAAACAAAAAAAAAAAUAUAUGAUCCAACUAUUGGUUUACGUAAACAUUACACAAACGAAUUAUUAUCAUGUGGAGAAAAAAAUAAUAUAAGAAUUUUAGAGAAAUGGUCAUCAAUGAUAAAUAGGGAUAUUACAUGGUUUAUUAAAACACACAGAACAACUUAUUUAAGAAGAGUAAAAAGAGGUAUACCCCAAAAAUAUAGAUGGAAAAUAUGGUUUCAAAUAACUAAUGCAAAAUGUUUAAUAAGUAAAUUUCAAAAGAAAUAUUAUUAUUUGUCAAAGAAAAAAUCAUAUUAUACUAAUUUAAUUUUAAUUGAUAUUUCUAGAACUUUUCCUGAAUUACUAAUCUUUGAUAAAUAUGCACAACAGCAAUUAUAUAGAAUUUUAAAUGCCUACUCUAAUUAUGAACCAACAGUUGGAUACUGUCAAGGUAUGAAUUUUUUAGUUGGGUUAUUACUAAUAGUUAGUAAUUUUAAUGAAUUAGAAACAUUUUGUGUAUUAGUUAGUUUAAUGAAUAACUAUCAUUUAAAUGAAUUUUACAAAGAAAAGUUUCCAUUAUUAAAUAAAUAUAUUUAUGUUUUUGAAAAAAUUUUACAAAAUGAAAUUCCUGAUUUAGUAGAACACUUCAAUAGAGAAGAAGUAUUUCCUCCUGUGUAUUUACACCAGUGGAUGCUCACUUUAUUUAUUGCUAGUUUACCUAUUAAAAGUGUAAUUGUUAUAUGGGAUUUUUUAUUUAGUACAAGUAUAAAAAUGAUUAUAAUUAUCUCCAUUGCAUUACUGAAGAUAUUGAAAAGUUAUUUGAUGAAGCAUAAAUUUGAAAAAAUAUUAAAAUUACUAAAAUCACUGAAAUAUAAUGAAAGUAAUGAUGAUAUAUUAAUUGCUAAAUUACUUAUAAAGAAGUCAGAAUCCAUUGUUUUAAAUGAAGAACUGAAGUUUCUUUUUGAUAAUAUUGAAAAGGACAAUAUUCUUUUUAAUAAUCAAUGCAAAUACGCUAUUGAAAAUAUUACGAAUUAUCAUUUUAACCAUGUUAAAAAUAACAUGAAUAAUAUUAAAAAUGUGGAAGAAGAUUAUAUGAACAAUUCGGAGGAUAAUAAUUUCGUUGUAUUAGAUGGAGUUCCAUUACUAAAUUUUUUCUCAAAUAAUUUAUUAAAAAAAAAAAGUGAAGAAGAGCUAAAACCAACUUCUAAUUGUGCAUACAAGAAAAAAAAUAAUUCUGAAAAUUUAAAAGAAAAUAAUGUAAAUACAUUUUAUUAUAAAAUUUUAAGUAGUAAUGAAAAAAAUAACCAAAAUGAAAAUACUCCUUCUAGCAAAAAUAGUAGCAAUAGUGGUAUUAUGUUUUUUAGAAAUCCUUCUAAUGAAAUUAAUAGUCCUAUUAAUAUAAAUAAAAAAAAGAAUGAUAAACAAAAAAGCAAAAAAAAUAACUCCAUUAAUACCAUGUGUACUAAUAAUAAUCUUAAUAAAAAUAUAGAUCAAAAUAGAGACUUGAAUUCUUCAAGUAGUAAUUUUAUUAAUAACUAUACCAGUAAUAUUAAGAAUAAUGUUGAUAAUAAUGAUGUAAAAAAUAUGGUAAACGUAAAUCUUGAUAGUAACAUGUAUGCAAGUACUUUUAAGCAUAAUGAAACUUUCUAUAACAAUAAUAAUAUAGAUGAUAAUAAUAAAGAUAAGGAAAAUUUAAUAGUGAACCCAUUUUAUAAAAAUAAUAAUAAAAAAAAUAAUUUGAACACUAUCAAUUCUUCACAUUUCAAUAAUUCAUUAAGUGAUGAUUCCUGCAACUCUAAGGUAAUAAAUAAAGAUGAUUUACGUUAUGAUGAGGAUCAUGAAGCUAGUGAUCAUUUAUAUAAAAGUGAUUCAUUUUUACAUUCUUAUCAAAAAAAAUAUAUUAAUGACAACUCUUUAGAUGAUCUUAGUUUUUAUAAGCAGGAUAUAUCAGAAAAUAAGGAUUCUUUUUUAACAUAUCCAAAUAAUUUUAUUGAUAAUAAUUUUAUGAGUAAUAAAAAACAAAGAAAAAGUUUUAGCAAUCUAAAAAGACAUGCUUAUUAUUUUAAUAAGCAGUUUAAAGAUAAUAAUUUUCAAGAAGAAAACAAAUCCGAAAGUAUAGUUAAAGCAAAGAUGAAUAAAUAUGAGAAAGAAUUAAAUGAAAAAGAAAAGCAAGAAAUAAAUAAGUUUAAUGAAUAUAAAAAUAAGAAAAAAAAAAAUGAUUGUGCAAAAAAUAUAGAAGAAAAAGACGAAGAAAGUAUUUUAAAUAUUUCUCAGUAUAUUAAAUAUGGUGAAAACGAAAAAAAAAAUGAUAAUGAAAAUAACUUUGGAUUUUUUAAUUUAAUUCAUUCAUAUGCAAAAGAUAAUAAUUGGUUUGAUGUAUCUACAAUAAAUAAAUAUUAUCAUUUUAAUAAAAGUAAUAUGGACUAUGAAUUAGACAAUAUAAAUUUAAAUCAGAAUAAAUUUAAAGAAAAUGAUAAAUUAGAUGACAGUACAUUUUGA